AAAUGGCCGAGGGGAACACGACCGUAAACCAGGAUCCACCUGUUUCUUCUUUCUUUAACAAACUCGUUCGUCCUGUCCUUGCCGAGUUCAUCGGAACUACAUUGUUCGUGUUUUCUGUGUGUUUAUAUCCUACUUCGGGUCUCCUUCAGGGGUUUGCUUAUUUUUUCCUCAUGGUAGGGUUAGGAAAAAUCAGUGGUGGGCAUUUUAACCCUGCCAUAACUGCUGCCGUGACGCUGUGUGGGGGUGUGCCCCUCCUUGUUGCAGUAUGUUAUUUCAUCGCUCAGAUAAUUGGAGGCUUGAUUGGGGCAGCCCUAGUUCUUGGUAUUUUAUCAGGAAGAGACUACAAAUUACGCGCUGGUGGAGCUACAAUACUCAGCAGUAGAACAGAGCCCGGCUGGGGAGUUCUGACAGAGGCCAUUCUGACCUUUAUGCUUAUUCUGACCGUAUUAAUGACAACAAUGGACGAAAAGAAACAAAAACUGGCACCUUUGGCGAUUGGUUUUGCCGUCACAGUGGGAGUUAUGGCAGGUUCAACUGUGACUGGUGGUUCGAUGAAUCCAGCAAGAAGUUUGGGUCCGGCUGUUUCCACUUUAAAAUAUGAUAUUGAUGGAGUUUGGGAAUAUCACUACAUCUACUGGGUUGGACCUUUUGUCGGUCUUCUGGUAGCAACUCUGGUGUACAGACUCCUUUUUGAAAAAAGAGGCAGACAACGUAAAAACCCGUACUUAUGGACCCAAAGUUCUAGGAGUGAAAGCCCUGACGGUGACCUGGUGUUAAAUUAGUAAUCCUUUAUGAUAACAUAAUUUGGAAAAAGGCGAAGAAAUCAACAAACAAAGGGAAAUAUAAAACAUUUAGAGUUGUAUAUGAAAAUUCACAACUGUACUUACAUGCUGCUUUGUUUUAAGUUUAAUUAUAAUACAUGUAAAACCCUGGUUUCUUCCCUUAAUAAUAGAGUUGGCGUUUUCCCAAUUUUAAAUUCUGUUUGUAUUUUUGAAGAGUUUUAGAUCUGCAAAGAAUUUACUUUAAAGAAUGUAGAUUUCCGAACAAAAUACUUAAAGUUUGUUAAUUAUGCCCACGUGUCGAAGAUUCGGGGGUAAAGACUUUUUUCUGCCAGUUUGUCUGUUUGUCUUCUUGUCAGCAUAAACUUUUGCCUUUAACAGUGAUUACAUGUAGUUUCGAAUGGCUUUCAUAUGAAUGAAGGUGACCUUUCACUGGGAAACAACAUAUUUUAUUGGUCUCCUGACUUUGAUCAUUCAGAUUGACUCACUUAUGUCAAAUUUUACCAAAUUUUACCUUUGCCAUAACUAUUGACGGUUGGUGUAAGAACUUUUAUAUUCCACAGAUGUCUUUCAUUUUCAUUUGUUAAGAUAUUUACAUGGAUAUACAAAUACUUUUUACCUUUUGACGUUGACAUUGGAAGUUGAUUCACUUUUGAAAAACAUGAUAGUUUUAUGAUAGUUUCUGUAAACCCUAUCAAAAUUUCCAAUUUGAAGUAAUGAUAUACAAACUAGUACUAUUGUUGAAUUUUGUUUAAUUUGCAAGAGAAUGCGAACAUAUAAAUAUACAUGAAAAAAAGAAGAGUUUUUGGAAAGGUUGAACGUAUGUUUAAUUCUGAAUUGCUCAACUUGUUUAUCUUUUUUGGAAACUAAGGUAAACUUUUUCGCCUUGGUUUUCUUCUUUUUUGACAUUCUUUUAUGAUUAAUUUGAGACCAUUGAUCAAAACAUUAUGUUCUUAACCAAAGCGCCUCUUUUGCAGCCUUUCUGCUAAAAGUCUGAAUGAUGAAAGUGGUAGAGAUCAUUAAAACUAGUAGGUUUUCAUUAAUUUUUCUCGAAGAUGUAUUUGAUUUAAUUCUACAAUGUACAUUUUAUCCUGAUCAUAGAUUGAAGUAUUUCAUAAAAGUAUUAUUUAUAUAAGAAAUUCAAAGUUUGGAAAUUUGAAUUCAACUUCUAAACGUACAAAAUUAAGGGACUUUUGUAAUAUAUUUAUAUCGGGCCUUUCGAGAGAGCUAUGAAUCAUUAGUAAUUAUUGUAAUAAUUACAAUAAAACCUACCAGUUAUAGCACGUCUUGUUAUUUGCCAUUUAUGUAUUAUGCUCACUCUCAUUUUGUUAUACCUAAUCAUACUAUAUAGACUAUAUAUAUAGUGUAUAUAUUAAGUUACUAUUCUGUAUUCUGAUUUGUUAUGUGAAGCAAAGAAAUAAAUGAGUUGAACUUGAUUAUCGGGGAAAAAAUUCCUAUAAAAGAUGAAUAAAUAAAAUAAUGAAAUCUUCA